AUGGGAUACAAGAUGUCAGCCCAUUCAGCCCAGGCCACUUCUCACUUGCAGCGCUUGCAAGUUGUGGAGAUGUGUAGCAGAUGUAGCUCGGCCCAUUCAACUGAAGUCACUCUGCGCAUGCAGCACUCACAACUUGUGGGAUUGUGUGGUGGGCCAUGCCUUGUUUUGCCCCGGGAAUCUGUUAUAUUCCCUGGGAUGCUGCUUGCUGCUUGCAAAGUGUACAUGCUCGUCCAUCAUCUCGGCUAUCUUGUAGAGUUGCUACAUUAUCCUCUCACUAACAUUUGGAAAACCCUGUUCAGAAAGGGAGGGUUGUGUGCCAGAGGAAUUGAAACCCAUGAUUCUGUCUCCAUGGAUAAGGAUAAAUCUCUAGGUCACAGUGGAGGUUUGCCACCUCCGUCGGGACGUUAUUCGGGUUACUCACCCGCUGGAACUGUGUUCAAUGUGAAAUCGGAGCCACCGACGUCGUCGACGUCGUCGUAUCCGCCACUGGCUCCGGGAGUCUCCACGCCGGAGUCUAGUGGGUUUAGUCAUGAUAUUAGCAGAAUGCCCGAUAAUCCCCCGAGAAAUAGAGGUCAUAGGCGUGCUCAUUCCGAGAUUCUCACUCUACCGGAUGAUAUUAGCUUUGACAGUGACCUUGGUGUGGUUGGAGGUGCUGAUGGGCCUUCGUUCUCCGAUGAGGCCGAGGAGGACUUGCUGUCUAUGUACCUUGAUAUGGAUAAGUUCAAUUCGUCGUCGGCGACGUCCACGUUUCAAAUGGGCGAGCCGUCUGGUGUGGUGGGAGCGUCGGGUUCAACGUUGGCGACCGGGGUACCCACCUCUUCUGCAGAAAAUAUUGCUGUUGGCGGUACUCAUGAACGGCCCAGAGUUAGACACCAGCAUAGUCAAUCCAUGGAUGGGUCAACUACUAUCAAGCCUGAGAUGCUGGUUUCUGGUUCGGAAGACAUGUCUGCGGCGGAUUCCAAAAAGGCAAUGUCAGCUGCCAAGCUUGCUGAGCUUGCUUUGAUUGACCCCAAGCGUGCAAAACGGAUAUGGGCAAAUAGGCAGUCUGCUGCGAGGUCAAAAGAGAGGAAGAUGCGGUACAUUGCUGAGCUUGAAAGGAAGGUGCAAACAUUGCAAACGGAAGCAACAUCUUUGUCUGCGCAAUUAACUCUAUUGCAGAGGGAUACAAAUGGCUUGAAUUCUGAGAACAGUGAACUGAAGCUGCGGCUACAAACCAUGGAGCAACAAGUUCACUUGCAAGAUGCACUAAAUGACGCAUUAAAAGAGGAAAUUCAGCAUUUAAAAAUACUGACUGGGCAAGCUAUGCCACCUAAUGGAGGACCUAUGAUGAACUUUACCUCUUUUGGAGGGGGGCAGCAAUUCUAUCCCAAUAAUCAUGCGAUGCACACCCUUCUAGCUGCACAACAGUUUCAACAACUCCAAAUUCAUCCUCAGAAGCAGCAGCAUCAGCAUCAGUUUCAGCAACUUCAACAACAAAUGCUGCAACAGCAACAGCGGGAUCAACAACACCAACCAUCAAGCGACUUGAAAAUGAGAGAAGCUUCACCUUCUCCAUGCCCCAAAGACAAUGCGUCGUCAGAUGUAAAUCCUUCUGGGGCGAAGGACUGUUGA